GAGAGACAAGCAGCGAGAAAGAGGCAGGCAGACAGAGAGACAAGCAGCGAGAAAGAGGGAGGCAGAGAGAGACAAGCAGCGAGAAAGAGGCAGGCAGAGAGACACAAGCAGAGAGAAAGAGGCAGGCAGACAGAGAGACAAGCAGAGGGAAAGAGGCAGGCAGACAGAGAGACAAGCAGAGAGAAAGAGGCAGGCAGACAGAGAGACAAGCAGCGAGAAAGAGGGAGGCAGAGAGAGUCAAGCAGCGAGAAAGAGGCAGGCAGAGAGACACAAGCAGAGAGAAAGAGGCAGGCAGACAGAGAGACAAGCAGAGGGAAAGAGGCAGGCAGACAGAGAGACGAGCAGAGAGAAAGAGGUAGGCAGAGAGACGAGCAGAGAGAAAGAGGUAGGCAGACAGAGAGACAAACAGAGAGAAAGAGGCAGGCAGACAGAGAGACAAGCAGAGAGAAAGAGGCAGGCAGAGAGAAAGAGGCAGGCAGACAGAGAGACAAGCAGAGAGAAAGAGGCAGGCAGAGAGAAACAAGCAGCGAGAAAGAGGCAGAGAGAGAGACAAGCAGAGAAAGGACGCAGCAGCGAAGUGCCAGUCUUCUUCCCCAUUGUGCUCCGUGUGUCUCAGUGCUCCGCGAGGCCCCUGUGUUUACCGGAAGAAGACAACGAGAGAGCAGCCGCGCGUACUUGCGUGAGUUGUUGAUCUCUUUUGGAGAUUCGCAGGACGCGCGCUGCGGUAUUUGCUGGGGACGCAUGCGUCGCUCUGAGUUCCGGGAGGGCGCGAAUGGCGUCAGUUCCCCGGAAUUCACUUGGGACUGUGCUGGCGCGUAUCAGAGCAUUACAAACGCUCACCGCAGAGGUGCGAGCCUCCAGCCAGAUGCCCAAGGAGGAGAAGCGAGGAGCCCUAAACAGACUCGGCUUGCACAGCGACUCCAGACGGAGCCGUCUUCGUUUUUUGGAGAGGACUCUGUCUGUGUCUGCGUUUCGGCGAGACGUUCGCGCCUUCAACGUCCUGGACGAGACUGCAGAAACCAGACGCAGACUGACCGAGUCUUCUUCAAGGUUUCCUUGCUGUGGUCGUCACGACAAAGAGUCUUCAGGCACACUCCCGUUCUCAGCAGGGAAGGAGGCGUCCGGUCUCGAGUCUCAAAAAAAGUUCACUCUGUCGAAGGUUUCGUACUUUGCGAAUGGACUGCCUCGUGAAAACGAUCUGUCUCCCCUUCCCAGAGAUGCAGCGAGAGACGUCCGAGAGAUCUCGUUUCUCCCCCCAGAAGCUACUCUAGACUGAACGCAAGCAGCGGUUUUCCAGACUCGCCACUCAUAUCGCAGAACUCGAGAGACCCGCUCUUCGCCAUGAAUCCUCUGCUGUCCCCGCGGAGCGCCAGAGAGGAGCGGCAGGUCCCUAGCGAAACGCUCACUCUCUCAACAGACUCAAGACUCUCCCACAACCUCUUUCGAG